AUGGAAGGGAGCAACUCCAAGCUUGGGACGGGUCAAGCAAGCGUCCCACUCUUCAAGGCUGAACCCUAUGGCAUUUGGAGUCUUCUGGAGAAUGGGACCUGCUCAUCUGAGGAUGAGACUCAAGAGAAUGCACUCAUGGAGAAGGACGCAAGGGCCCUACACUUUAUUCAACAAGCACUAGACGAGAAGACCAUCACAAGAAUCUCUGAAGCUCAAACCGCUAAGGAAGCAUGGGAUCUGUUGAAGAUGGAGCAUCAAGGCAGCACCAAAAUAGUUGCGAUUCGCCAACUGGGAGACACACUCACAGAUCAAACGGUGGUUGGACGGGUGCUGCGAAGUCUAACUCCAAGGUUCCAUCAUGUUGUCUCUUCUAUUAUUGAAGCACAAGACCUCACUACACUCACUGUUGAGCAACUAGGAGGCUCUCUUCAUGCUCAUGAAGCUCGACUUAAUUUAUAUGAAGACAAUAACGUUGAAGAAAAAGCCUUUGAGGCCAAAGUAACUACUGAUAACCAUGCUCAGGCUCAGUUCACGCGGCAAGGGAAUCAUGGCCAUGGUCGAGGUCCAUUCCGAGGCAGAGAAGAAGCAGCCGCUAAUAUAGUCGAAGAAGUGGACGAAGGCAUGCUGUUCAUGGCCGGGAACGUCACCAACACAGAAGAAUAUGCAAUCAGGAUGCUAGACAGCGGGUGCUCCAACCAUAUGAAGGGCACCCGAGCAUUGUUUCAAGACCUUGAUCUUUCACUUCGGCAAACCGUUCAACUGGGGGAUAACAAGGAACUUGAAGUUGUUGGUAUUGGAACGGUUGCUUUACCAUCCAGCAAAGGAGAAACUAAACUACUCAAAGACGUUCAGUAUGUCCCGCAACUAGCACACAACUUUCUUAGCAUUGGCCAGCUACUUCAAACUUGA